UUAUUAAUGGCGGGGUGUCACGUACUGUAUUCACCACAGGCUCCUCUGAGAUGAUGGAUGAAGCGCUGUAUGCGCUUUGUCUUUGAUAGUAGUCAGUGAUGUGUUGUAGUGUCUGUGUGAUCGCGUGCUCACAGGAAGCGUGUGCGCACAGACUCACAGUUGGGCCAAAGCUGACGUGAAGACUGAUGAGCGGACCUCACACCAAAGACGGGGGUCAAAGGUCAUCUGCACUCCUGCUCUGUGUGGCUUAGGAAGUCAACAGGAGAGGGACAGAGGGAAGAGAUAAGGUUGAGGCCGAUGCCGCUGAUACGCAGCGAGGUCGGAGCGCAAGGAGGUGAAGGAAGAGGAGAAGAGGGAAUGAAGAAGAACGAAGCAGAACAAGUGUUGAGAAUAUGUUGGAUAAUCAUCACCUCAGUUUCCUUUGGUUCAGGGAGAAUGGUGUUGCAGUCCACAAAAAAACAAAAACAGCCCCUCUCCACAGAGCGUCCCACCAACAUCCUUCGCCCCCCCGCUUCCCUUCUUUUCUUCCACUUUCCUUCCUCCCUCACUGAAUCGCUGCCUCCUCUGACACUUGCUAUAAUUCUCCUCGCCUUCCUAAUCAGCCGUCUACCCCACAUGCCCCCUGUCUCCAUAACCGCCCGCCCGCCCGCCGCCCACCCCUCCCCGUCCCCACUACUGUUACAUAAGCGUCCAGUCAUAGAUCCAGGCCGUGUCCCUGUUGUUUUUCCCAUGUCUAUGGGAGCCUCAGCAUCCAGGGCCAUAAUGAGGCCUCUACAAAGGCCCAUUGAUGAGAGGCUCAGUGUGAGAGAGGAUGACCCCAGCCAAGAGCGGGCCAGAACUGGGCAUCAGCUGCCCGAGGCUCUGCCUCCACACAAAGGCGACCACUGUGGACAGAGACCUGAAAGGGCACCGAGAAAAAGAGGGAGAAGAGGGGGAACGAGGGAAGCGAUAUCCUGUUCAAACAACUUAGAGAAUGUGAAGAUGGAAGGAUAUAAAAAAUGAAACAGACGGAUGACUUCAUCACAUUUUAGCUGCUCCAAUCAAGACCGUAGCUUCCUCCUCCUUCCACUCAUCCUCCACCUUGUCUCCUCCUCUGGGGAGUGAGACCCACCCUCUGCCCUCCCUCUGCCAGGGAGUUAUCAGUGCCUUCAGUUCACCCAUGGAUCAUAACUAAGGUCAGAGAAUGAGGCAAUAACACUCUUAGCCACAGGUUGCUGUGACACAGUGAUUAAACAGUUCUUUUUUUUUAAACAGAACUUUUUGCAAUUGGGACUUGAACUGAACCGGAGUUGGACACUUUUUAGAAACGCGUUUGGUAGAAAUAGAGGCAGCAGCGUUGGGAUGACAGCUGUUUGUCUGGGAAGCCGGAUGAAAACGGAUGAAGAAUAAAAGGGAGAUGUGGACGAAUCAGGCUUGGACGUCGCCGUGGCACGGAUCUUUGGAGAACUGGGAUAUUGCAUGGUUAACAUUGUUGAAGUGUUUCUACAUUAGCCGCCCGUAAUUACACAAAAUCAGAGAGAGGAAGAGAAAAUAAUCCCUUGCUUUUAGUCUGAUGUCGAUAUCUCCAUGAGCUGAACCAUGACUCUCGCAGCGCGCCUUGAGGACUUGGAGGUGACCCUGGAGCACAUGCUCAUGGACGUUUUCAUGACGGAGGGGAGGCGAUGUCAGGUCCAUCUCCUGGACGACAGGAAGCUGGAGCUCCUCGUUCAGCCCAAGCUGAUGGCUAAGGACCUGCUGGACCUCGUGGCCUCUCACUUCAACCUCAAGGAGAAAGAGUACUUUGGAAUCGCUUACACAGACGAAACGGGCCAUUUUAGUUGGCUACAGCUGGACCGUAGGGUUCUGGAACAUGAGUUCCCCAAGAAGUCCGGUCCCAUUGUCCUCUACUUCUGUGUCAGGUUCUACAUAGAGAGUAUAUCCUACCUUAAGGACAAUGCCACUAUUGAGCUGUUUUUUCUUAAUGCCAAGUCCAUCAUCUACAAGGAGCUUAUUGAAGUGGACAGUGAGGUUGUCUUUGAAUUGGCGUCCUACAUUCUUCAAGAGGCCAAAGGUGAUUUCACUAGUAACGAUGCAACCAGGUCUGACCUGAAAAAGCUGCCCGCUCUGCCCACCCAGGCCCUGAAGGAGCACCCAUCUCUGGCCUACUGUGAAGACCGAGUUAUAGAGCAUUACAAAAAGCUCAGCGGCCAGUCCAGAGGACAGGCUAUUGUAAAUUACAUGAGCAUCGUAGAGUCUCUGCCCACAUAUGGAGUACAUUACUAUGCUGUAAAGGACAAGCAGGGGAUCCCGUGGUGGUUGGGGCUGAGCUAUAAGGGCAUCUUUCAGUAUGACUAUCAGGACAAAGUUAAACCCAGGAAGGUGUUCCAAUGGCGCCAGUUGGAGAACCUCUACUUCAGAGAGAAGAAGUUUUCAGUGGAAGUUCAUGACCCCAGGAGUAGGGCGUCGGUGACGAGGAGAACGUUCGGCCACAGCGGCAUCGCCGUGCACACCUGGUACGCGUGCCCUGCCCUCAUCAAGUCCAUCUGGGCCAUGGCCAUCAGUCAGCACCAGUUCUACCUGGACCGCAAGCAGAGCAAGUCCAAGAUCCACGCGGCGCGAAGCUUGAGCGAGAUCGCUAUCGACCUGACAGAAACGGGGACUUUGAAGACCUCCAAGCUGGCCAACAUGGGCAGCAAGGGCAAAAUCAUCAGCGGCAGCAGUGGCAGCCUGCUGUCCUCAGGGUCCCAGGAAUCGGACAGCUCCCAAACAGCUAAGAAGGACAUGCUGGCAGCGCUGAGAGCCAGGCAGGAAGCUCUGGAGGACACGCUACGGCAGAGACUGGAAGAACUCAAGAGCAUCUGCAUUAGAGAAGCGGAGCUGACAGGAAAGCUUCCUAAGGAAUAUCCUCUGGAUCCAGGUGAGGAGCCACCCACAGUGAGACGGAAGAUUGGUACUGCCUUCAAGUUGGAUGAGCAGAAAAUUCUUCCUAAGGGAGAGGAGGAGGAGCUGGAGCGGCUGGAGCGGGAGUUCGCCAUCCAGUCGCAGAUCACGGAGGCGGCCAGGCGCCUCGCCACCGAUCCGCACGUGAGCAGCAAGAAGCUGAAGAAGCAGAGGAAGACUUCGUAUCUGAACGCGCUGAAGAAGCUCCAGGAGAUCGAGAACUCCAUCAACGAGUACCGGGUUCGCUCCGGGAAGAAACCCACGCAGAGGGCGUCGCUCAUCAUAGAAGAAGCCAAUAUCGGUUCUGAAGACAGCUCAUUGUCGGACGCACUGGUCUUAGAUGAUGACGACCCUCAGGUUACGGGUACUCCGACGUUCUCUCCAGUGGCAUCGCCUCAUAAGGGCCUCCCCCCGCGGCCGCCAUCCCACAGCCGGCCGCCUCCCCCUCAGUCGCUGGACGGCCUGCGGCACUUACACUACACGCGCUCUGACUACGACAAAUCACCCAUCAAACCCAAGAUGUGGAGCGAGUCGUCCCUGGACGAGCCCUACGAAAAGGUCAAGAAACGCUCCUCGCACUCCAGUCACAGGCGUUUCCCAAGUUCUGGUAGCGCAGAAGCAGGGGGUAGUAAUUCUCUGCAGAGCAGCCCCAUCAGGAGCCUCCCUCACUGGAACUCUCAGUCCAGCAUGCCGUCAACGCCGGACCUGAGAACCAGGACGCCGCAUUAUGUACAUUCCACUAGGUCAGUGGACAUCAGUCCCACACGUCUGCACAGUCUCGCUCAGCACUUUAGGAACCGCAGCUCCAGCCUUGAGUCCCAGGGCAAACUGUUGUCCGACCCCGACGCACACCCGCACACCCUGGCGACGCUGGGCAGCCCCGACUUCUUCCUCGGCCCCGGGCGCAGCUCCAACGGCUCUGACCCACUGGACGACUGUUCAUCCUGCACCAGCCAAAGCAGCUCAGAGCACUACUACCCCUCCGGGGGGCCCCCUGGCAGCAACCCCAACUACUCUACUCUGGGAGAAGACUCGCCCUCCAAAGCGAGGCAGAGACAGAGGCAAAGGCACAGGUCUGCAGGUCACCUGGGGUCCUCUAACUCUGGCUCCAUGCCAAACCUGGCAGCUAAGAACGGAUCUGGUGGAGGCUCCGGCGGGGGUGGGACGGGGGGAGGACACCAUGGAGUCUACCUCCACAGCCAGAGCCAGCCCUCGUCCCAGUACCGCAUCAAGGAGUACCCGCUGUACGUGGAGGGCAGCCCCAACCCCGUGGUGGUGCGCAGCCUGGAGAGCGAUCAGGAGGGCCACUACAGCGUGAAGGCCCAGUUCAAGACCUCCAGCUCCUACACGGCCGGGGGUCUGUACAAGGAGGCCUGGGGGGGGGAGGAGGGGGGCGAGGGGGGCGGCAGGCUCACGCCGUCGCGCUCCCAAAUUGUUCGGACUCCAUCGUUGGGACGGGAGGGUGGCGGAGGGGGGAGGGCGGCGGUUUCUGAAGAGCUGCGGUGCUGGUACCAGAGGUCCUCGGGGAGCCUGAAGGAGCGGAGUCACUCGCAUUCAGGGUCCACAUCCUCCGAGACGGGCUCACAGCAAGGCACUCUGGGACACGGCCGUGGGAGUAGAGUGGGGACACUCGCCAAGGGCUCACCAGCUGCGUCCCCUCACAGCCAGAGGAGCAUGACGCCCUCGAGUGAACAUGCAGCCACACCCACACCGCCCUGUAGUCCACAGCACAUCCUCAACUGGCAGAGCGGGUCGUUCAGUGAGAGCUGUUUUCUCAGCAGCCCGCUGUGUUCGGAGCUGGCAGAUGUGCAGUGGUAUGGACACGACAAGGCCAAACCUGGAACCCUGGUCUGAGACCUUCCUAUAGGGGCCCAGCGAUCUCCCAUCGCCCUCUCCUACUGCCUGUCCACUGUUACUCACUACUACCCAUUGACAACCAACAACCUCAACCUUAAAGCCCUACGAAAACCCUGCCCUGACUGGUGUGGUGGACUGGACACAAGACCCCCCCCCCCUCCCAAAGUCCUGCCCUCCAUCCAUCACACCACCUGGUUUAUUACACCCCCUCUAUCACAGCUCGACCAGACAGGGACACGCUCGCUAGGCUCUGAUAAAGGCUGGUUUCACAGGACAGACUGGGAAGUGCCACGUCAGCUGUUGAACUGUUGCCAUACAGCACCACAGCACCCUUCUUUAUACACCCUCGCAAGCAACAGGGCAUGGAGCGGUGGGAGGAAAGAGCACAGAGAAGAAAAUCACUGAGACAACCCCAACUCAACAAAACCAACAUCAGCAUCAGUUGCGUACAGUCAUUUUUUUGGUUCCCUAUACUUUAGUGCCGGCCCAGUCAGAGGAUAUUUGCUGGAUUUGAGCCACCGGUUUAAAAACACAUUUAAAGGCCCAGAUGAACUGUGACAGAUUUUAAUAUUCCUUUCAGUAUUGUUAUAUUUUUCCUCAUUUGUCCCUAUGUAUUUAAAAAAUGAGAAGGCACAGACCUUGAAAAAAAAUCUGGAGUUCUCCUCAAUUUAACCCACAACCAAAGACUGCUACCAUAUCAGCUGGCCAUGCUGUUCCAGGGUCCCUGAGCUGGUGGUGAGGUGAAGUCACGGUGACAAUAUCCAGAUUGUGUCUGGGGCCCUAUGGGGUAUUGAUGGGGACUAUAGCAAUAACAAGCGUAGAACAAGUAAAGGAACUGGCUUGAGUCUCCAGAGCGCGUUGAAGCUGGCGUUACGCCGUGUUUAUGCUUGAAGAGACAGUGAAUCAGGGCAUCGUAGGCGGUGAGGUGCAGUGGUUAGUGGAUUUGCCAUCGGUGUGUAUUCAUUACAGUGACGUCACCCUUUUUAUGCUGUUGGUCGUCAUAGGAUUCCCUCUGCCCAUGACCUUUUGCUGGGCCCUCUGGUGCAUUGUGGGCGGCGCUUGAGUUGGGAUUUGGUUUGGGCCAUUUGUCGAUGUGGCAGUCGCAACACGACAGAGAAAAGAUGACCAGCUGACAUUUGCUAGCUUUACUCAUAGUUGGAUAGCGAGGCUCUUCUGAUCCUUUGGUCUUACUGAUAUAUCCACUCAGUGUUUCUCUGCUUUUUAUCUUUCAGCCCAUAGCGUCAUGAUAGCAGCAUCCUGACUGAAGAGUGGCUGACAGUCCCAGCACUUCACUGGCACACAUGAGCGAGGUGUUAGUGCCAAGCAUUAGUUAGUGCUUUCCAUAUGUGCUGUGAAUGAGCACUGAAGCAGCCCACACCCCCACAGUCUAAUCACUUAUUCACCAAGCCGGACAGAGUAGCCAGAGGACACACAAUUAGUCGCAAAGUUGUGAAAUUACCCAACAUUUUGGUUUCAAAGCACAAUAUUAACAACAUUAUUUAGAUUUGUUUUAGUUCCACCAUCAGUAUUUUAAUGUGUUGUUUUAAAUUUCAAAAAAAUCAAUUAGAAAAUCUAAAACCAAGGACAAGGUGUUGAAUUAGUGUUUCUUCCCAUCAUAUGGACAUUUCCAUAUGAUGAAUUUCGAGACAAACAGCCAUGAUCAGAAAUUAGACAAACAAAUCAAAUCAAAUCUCUUCUCUCUCAUUUGUUUCGCCUUCGCCUAAUAAUCAGAUUCCUAGAACACGGUUAGAAAAGCACACCUGUGUCUGCGAGACAGAAGUAGCGCUUCGCUUGUUUUACUGCACGUGAAACACCACAAAUCUUUAUCUAGAGAACAGUGCUUACAACUGUAGCACAAAGCAUUGAUGACUCCUGCUUCAAGGAAUGGGAGGAAUGGUGCAUAUCUGUCCCUGUUAGUGGUGCGUUUCAUUAAGCACUCUUGUUGUUAACACUCCAUUCUCCCAACCAGCACUUCCUCACUACCAUCCACUAGGAAUUGAUUACUCAAAUGCACAACUUCAUGCAUGUUCUACAGAUCCAGUGACAAAUAUAGACCUUGAAGACAUCCAGCAUCAGAUUUCUACCCACCAACAUUAGCAUGUUUUGCUCCAUAGUGUUGCGCUGCCCCCAUGAAGUUUUGAACUUGUGGUGAUCUGACCUCUAAGCCUGAUGUGAUGAAGUGUGGUGUCCCCUCCCUCUGAAGCUUCAAGUCUGUGCUCCAUAGAAACGUUUGAGGUUUUUGUGAUACUCCGAGAGAAACAAACUAAUUCUUUAUCAGUCUUUUCCUGUAAGUACGGAGGGGCUGUAAGGUUUUUUCACAAUUAUUGUUUUGAAAAUGUUCCAUUUUAUAUGAAGCAGUAUUGUUUUGUUUUGUUUUGUUUUUUUUUUUGUUCUGACAUUGUAAUAACCCUUCCAGGUGCUACAAAAUGACCAGUUACUGCUUUGUCACGUAGGAUCUAGACAUCUCUUCAUUGUUAUCAAUAGAUUCAAUACCAGAUGUGCAAAAUGAAGCUUAUUUUAAUGGACAGUUUGAUAGUAGAACACUUCCCCUACCAGACAAUAGAGCAUGUAACUUGAUUUUAUCACUUCUGUUCAACUGUAACAAUACAUUAAAGGUGUUGUAGAAAAAUGUGGAAUUGAUUAAAAAACAUGAAUUCCACAGUUAAUUUAUUCUUUUUUUCUAUUAAAAAUUUGUAUAGUAACUUUACAUUUUUCAAAACUGUGUUGUUGGAAAUUGAUGACGAAUUUUCAAGAUGAGACAUCAUGGGGGUUCUUGAGAGUAAGAAAAAUAAAUUAUUGAUGAUGAAUGUU